UCCAUUUUCCUUUUUUCUUCACCGCUUCUCCCCCAAACCGCACAACUGUGCUACUGUUCGACGCGGAGCUGAAUUACAGAAACCCUCGAAGAUGGCGAAACCCUCUCGUGCAAAGGACUCAUCCGACGACUCGAUGACUAGCUCCUCGGCUGAGGAGGAGGUGGCCAGGGACCAGGUCAAUGACGAAGAAGACGAUGACGAGCUCGAGGCGGUGGCUCGCACCGCCGAAGAUUCCGACGACGAGGAUGCUCCGAACGCUGCCGAUCAGGACGAAGAUGACAUUGAGGAAGAGGAUGUUGUUGCAAAUGAAAUUUCAAAGCGCGAAAGAGCAAGGCUUAAAGAAAUGCAGCGGGUAAAAAAGCAGAAAAUACAAGAAAUACUUGAUGUGCAGAAUGCUGCUAUUGAGUCUGACAUGAACAACAAAGGAAAGGGUCGUUUGAACUAUCUUUUACAGCAAACAGAGUUAUUUGCUCAUUUUGCCAAGGGUGAUCAGUCUGUUUCUCAGAAGAAGGGAAAAGGAAGGGGCCGCCAUGCAUCAAAGAUAACUGAAGAAGAAGAAGAUGAAGAGUGUCUCAAAGAGGAAGAAGAUGGCAUUUCUGGCACAGGAAACACUAGACUAUUGGUGCAGCCUUCUUGUAUUCAGGGAAAGAUGAGGGACUACCAGCUAGCUGGUUUAAAUUGGCUGAUUCGGUUGUAUGAAAAUGGCAUUAAUGGGAUACUUGCUGAUGAAAUGGGACUUGGUAAAACUUUGCAAACAAUAUCCUUGAUGGGCUACUUGCACGAGUUCAGAGGAAUUACAGGUCCUCACAUGGUUGUUUCUCCAAAAUCCACACUUGGAAAUUGGAUGAAUGAAAUCAAAAGGUUUUGCCCAGUGCUGCGUGCUGUAAAGUUCCUUGGAAAUCCUGAUGAAAGGAGGUAUAUUCGCGAGGAGUUACUUGUUGCUGGGAAGUUCGAUGUUUGUGUUACAAGUUUUGAGAUGGCCAUCAAAGAAAAGACUACAUUGCGACGAUUUAAUUGGCGCUAUAUCAUUAUUGAUGAGGCUCAUAGAAUCAAAAAUGAGAAUUCCCUUCUCUCAAAAACAAUGAGGCUCUAUAAUACUAACUACCGGCUUCUUAUUACUGGAACACCACUUCAGAAUAAUCUUCAUGAACUCUGGGCUCUCCUCAACUUCUUGCUUCCAGAAAUAUUUAGUUCUGCAGAGACGUUUGACAAGUGGUUCCAAAUUUCUGGUGAAAAUGAUGAACAUGAAGUUGUCCAACAACUUCACAAGGUUCUCCGGCCCUUCCUUCUUAGAAGGCUAAAAUCUGAUGUUGAGAAAGGUUUACCUCCCAAGAAGGAGACAAUACUUAAAGUUGGCAUGUCCCAAAUGCAAAAGCAAUACUAUAAGGCAUUGCUACAGAAAGAUCUUGAGGUGGUAAAUGCUGGUGGAGAACGCAAACGCCUUCUUAAUAUAGCCAUGCAGCUCCGAAAAUGUUGUAAUCAUCCAUAUUUGUUUCAAGGUGCGGAACCUGGCCCACCUUAUAGCACGGGAGAGCAUCUCAUUGAAAAUGCUGGAAAGAUGGUUCUUCUGGACAAGUUGCUCCCAAAAUUAAAGGAACGCGAUUCCAGGGUUUUGAUAUUUUCCCAGAUGACAAGACUGCUAGACAUUCUUGAGGAUUACUUAAUGUUCCGUGGGUACCUCUAUUGCCGAAUUGAUGGGAAUACAGGGGGAGAAGAUCGAGAUGCUUCCAUUGAAGGCUUCAAUAAACCAGGAAGCGAAAAAUUUGUCUUUCUGCUGUCAACUAGGGCUGGAGGUCUUGGUAUCAAUCUUGCGACUGCUGAUGUUGUCAUUCUUUAUGAUAGUGACUGGAACCCACAGGUUGAUUUACAAGCACAGGAUCGAGCUCAUAGGAUAGGACAGAAGAAGGAGGUUCAAGUAUUCCGAUUCUGCACUGAGUACACUAUUGAGGAAAAAGUUAUUGAAAGGGCCUAUAAGAAGCUUGCUCUUGAUGCCUUGGUUAUCCAGCAAGGGAGGCUAGCAGAACAAAAGACUGUGAAUAAGGAUGAGCUGUUGCAAAUGGUAAGGUUUGGUGCUGAAAUGGUUUUCAGCUCCAAAGAUAGCACGAUCACAGAUGAGGAUAUAGAUCGAAUAAUUGCCAAGGGAGAAGAAGCAACAGCUGAACUUGAUGCCAAGAUGAAAAAAUUUACUGAAGAUGCCAUCAAAUUCAAAAUGGAUGACACUGCUGAUUUGUAUGAUUUUGAUGAUGAAAAGGAUGAAAAUAAGUUCGAUUUUAAGAAAAUUGUCAGUGAUAAUUGGAUUGAACCACCAAAAAGAGAGAGGAAACGCAAUUACUCAGAAUCAGAGUACUUCAAGCAGACAAUGCGUCAAAGUGGUCCUGUGAAGCCCAAGGAGCCUCGAAUUCCUCGCAUGCCGCAAUUGCAUGAUUUCCAGUUCUUCAACACACAGCGUCUUAGCGAGCUGUAUGAGAAAGAAGUGCGGUGUCUUAUGCAAGCACAUCAAAGGAAUCAAGUAAAAGAUACCAUAGAUGUGGAUGAACCAGAAGAUGUAGGAGACCCAUUGACUGCUGAGGAGCAGGAAGAGAAGGAGCGGUUGCUGGAAGAAGGAUUUUCAACUUGGAGCAGAAAAGACUUUAACACAUUUAUUAGGGCCUGUGAGAAGUAUGGCCGGAAUGACAUCAGGGGUAUUGCUUCUGAAAUGGAAGGGAAAACAGAGGAAGAAGUUGAAAGAUAUGCUAAAGCUUUCAAGGAUAGAUAUAAAGAACUCAAUGAUUAUGAUAGGAUCAUCAAAAGCAUUGAAAGAGGAGAGGCUAGGAUAUCGCGGAAAGAUGAGAUCAUGAAAGCCAUUGGGAAGAAGCUGGAUCGCUAUAAAAACCCUUGGCUGGAAUUGAAGAUCCAGUAUGGCCAGAACAAAGGGAAACUGUACAAUGAAGAAUGUGAUCGUUUCAUGAUAUGCAUGGUUCAUAAGCUCGGAUAUGGUAACUGGGAUGAGCUCAAGGCAGCCUUCCGUACUUCACCAUUGUUCCGCUUCGACUGGUUUAUAAAGUCUCGUACGACUCAAGAACUUGCAAGGAGAUGUGAUACACUAAUUAGGUUGGUAGAGAGGGAAAACCAAGAAUAUGAUGAGAGGGAGAGGCAGGCACGCAAAGAGAAGAAACUAGCCAAGCAGAAUGCAAUCCCAUCCAAGCGCGCUGCUGCCAGACAGGCUGCGGAGAGCCCCCCAUCAACUAUGAAGAAGCGGAAGCAAUCAUCGAUGGAUGACUAUGUGAGCUCGGGAAGGAAGAGGAAAUGAUGGAUCAAAAUGGGGCUGCUAACCGAUUUGGUUUGUGUUAGUUUCUAGCGUAAUGUUGUGUUUCCUAAUGAUAGUAUAUUAGAUGUACUAGUUGUACAAAAUCAGAAUAGAUGUAUACGAGGUGUGAUGUCUGGAAAAUGGAGCCUCGUACCCACUAACUACUGUUAUUAUUAUGUACACUAUUGAAAAUGGAGUAGUUUUGGAAAUCAAAAGUCUCUUAUAACGUAA